GUUGCUCCUUUGAAACCUCUGUGGUGUCAUGUUGCCAAACCACUCUCGAACCUAGCCCAUGCCCAUGCCCAUGCCAAGCCCCCUCCAGCCUUGCUCCAUCUUGAUGAUGAAGCUUCCAAUAAGUUUGCCGUCAACUACCAAUAAUCAAAACCUAUGUUAGUCUUUGUUUGUUCGCAAGGAGCCAAGAGUUGAAAAGGGCUGGAAAUUGGUGCUUUUCCCUCGAGCGAUCAGUCAUGUACCAGUUCUUGUUGGAACCGGGGACAGUGCUUUGAUGAAUGAUUGAAUCAUCAUUUUGCAUGGAUGCAACACUCUCCUUGGUCAGAGAAAUGGACGGUUUGUCGCGUUGUUCUCGGUUCGAAGUGAAGGGCAACUGCGGUACCGGUACGAGGAUUGACUACAUGUAAUGCACUGAAGUUGUUCAUUGCUAUGUUGGUCGAGGAGUGAAGGUGGGCUAAUUGGUUGAUAUCCAUUAUAAUGACAAGUUUAUUGAUCUAGUGCUCGACUGAUAUAUCGAAGCAAACAAAAAGCCACCAUCUCCUUCACUCACCUAGUAGUCUGAUUCCAGCCCCUCCAUAAGCUCGUCUUCAGUCAAAUUCCGGUAACCAGUUUGGAAUAAUGGCUCACCAGCCUCAAUUGCUAGUUGCUCAAGCACAAGGAUAGACCGAAAGAUAUCUGCAUGCAUCAUGAUGUCAUCUCUGAAUAUGUGCACCAGCACACCCCACGACUUGAGCCUCUUGUUGAUUGUUUCUUGCCUAUUGCGCACUCUCUGCUACAUGGCUUCGGUCUCCUCAGGAUUUGCAAAGCCCUUGGGACACUUGAUGAAUUCAGGAUGCUCUCCAACAUACGCAUCAUCAGCUUCAACCCGCUCACCAUCUUCAAGAUGACUGAUCAAGGCCCGCCUGAAGAUUUUGAUAUCAUUAUACUUGCCACAAGGGAAUGGGCCAUUGAUCCACACCACAUGUCCCGUCUGAAUGCAGAGUGCUACUUCAUAUCGGAGGCCACCUUUCUUGGCAAACUUGUGACUUGAGAAGUCAGGUCCGUAAUUGGGAACUCUGCAAUCCACACAAUCCGCCGAUGUCAGACAGUCAGCUCCUCGAUCAUUCUUCUUUCGGUUCUCCCAAACAAUCUGUUGUUGGAGAGCAAACAUAAGGGUUGCGACAGAGCAUCGGCAAGCAGGCGCGACCAUUUCCAAAGUAUCAAGGGUGCGCUUCUUUCCGUCACUCUUCCAAUACAUCAUGGCCCAAAGCAAGUGUCGAAGCUCUCCAUGUUGGUCGAGGAGUGGAACAAGAUUUCAAAUUCAAAAUGUGAGCGUCCAGUCGUGAAACUCACUUGCCUUCCUCGCCAAAUUGGUCGCACACUCCCUCUCCAAAGAGCGGAACCAAGAGGCAAGCGAACACAAACGGCCCGCACAAAGAUUCGAUUCCCUUCGCUUCGAGCAUCAUAGCGAGACAGACGAUACCGGUACUACAUGUUGUAGUAGUCUUUGCUUCAUGCUUCCUACUUGAUUCCUUUAUCUUGUUUCGAGCCUUAUUCUAUUUUCACCUUAUUAAUGUGUUGUUGAUGGGAAAGGUCCUUUAUUGGAUUGGAUUCUAACUAAGAGUGUCUGUGUUAUUGGAGAGUUUAUAUUUUACUGGUCACCAUGAAUUUUUUGGAAAAGGCCGCGUCGGCUGCCAAGAACUUUAAAGGGUUUGAUGAGAUGGCAGACAAUGAUGACUACAUUCAUUCCGAGGGAUUGAAUGUGAAGAGUCGUAGCACUGAACAGCCUUCACCCAGAACCGGCAAUGACAACAUCGACAACAAUGACGACACCAACCAAAGUCACGCGAGCGCAGAGCCCACUUGGUCGCUACUAGAUCGACCAACAAUGGCCACGCAGAACGUUGUCCACGAAACAAGCAAUAGAGUACCCAACUUGUCACGCGGUUCGUCCACCAUUACGUCGGCAUCUCCAGCCAGCAGCAUCAGUCCAGCCCGCCAAAGGCCGCCACCUCCACCACCAGCUGCAGUUCCCAGUGUAUUUUCACCAACAACCACAACAACAACCAACUCGAUCAAGCAUCAAAAACCAACAAGAGGAGGGUUCAGCAAGCAUAGAAAUCAAGCCAGAACAACAGCAGCAGCAACAACAACAACAACGAUGCCAAACAAUCAGCAGAGAUCUCCACCCAACAGUACUGGCAUGCCAUUGCUCUCUGUAGUGGCCGAUGCCUUACAAGAUGGAAGUUCCGUCUCUGGAUCUGCUCGCGGUAUGCGUAAGCACGCCAGUUUUAGUGGAUACGACACUGACAAUGAAGAAGGAAGCAGUAGUGGCUCUUCUAGUAGCAGUAGCAGCAGUUCCAGCAGCAGCAGUGAUGAUUAUGACAGCAGUGACGAUGAAGAGGAUCCCAUCUUAUCUCAGAUACGACAAACCAAAAAAGACAAAAAAUCACGCAAGGAUAGGCGAAGAAAAGACAAGAAGAAAAAAAGUAGGAAGAAACAUUCUCGCAAAAAAGAAAAGAAAACGAAGAAGAAAAAGAAUCCACAACGGUUCCUGGAAGAAUUGAAUCAUCUUGAGACAAUGCCCACCAUACCUCCUCCAGUGACGGACUAUGGACAGCUCUCUCCUCAAAGCUUGGAAAUUGAAGGCAACGCUCAGGGUGGUGUUUCGAACUGGAAAAGCUGGAUUGCCAGUCCUCUGCAGCGCCAUGCCAACGCCAAUCCCAAUGGUCUCGCCGCCAAAGCCACUUCCUUCUUGAAGAGGGGACCAUUGUCACGCGGUCGAGAAACGACACCACAGCAGCAGCAAACACAAAACAGACCCGAUGAAGAAGAAUUUCAAGUUCUGACUUCCAGCAAUCUCCUCCGUGACGACGAACUGGCUGCUUUGGCACAAUUCUCCAAUGCCAACCAAUCCCCGUGGUAUACUCCAGGUGGAAUGUUCCGGCUAACGCGGAAACACCCUCGAGAAUGCUUUAUUCUGUUUACGCUCCUAUUGGGCAUUUUUGUCUAUUUCUUUUCGCGAAGAAAAUCCAAUGCGGACGAUGUGCAAUAAAUAAUAAUCAUAUUGAUUGGUUGGUUGGAUGAAAGGAUUUGGAUCACAACAGCAGGUUUUUCAGGUGGUCCAUUACAUUUUUUAGAAAGUACUGUAAAACGGUACAACUUGAAAUAGAUGGACUUGAAUUUCCC